UAGAAACGUCUGUGUCUGUACAUAAAGUAAAUCUAUUCACUGGUGUAAAUGUGUUCCAACUAAUCCCAUUCUCGCUCUGUAAGUUGUUCUUAUUGUCCCUUUCGAAGAAUAUGCGCUAAAAGAGGCAUAAAUUGUGGUAAUUUUGGCUAUAUUUGCUGUGUUGAAUCGAAAUGUAUUGAUUUUUCUGCUCAACUCUACCUUUUUCUAGUGUAGUCUCGCGCGCUGUCCAACCCCGUGGUGCUGAAAUGAUUCUCCCGCAUUUGCUGUGAUAGAGAUUCAGUGGGCGGGUACUAUAAAGAGGCGAGAUGUGAUUGAUGCGCCAUAUCGCCAAUCAAAACGCAGGAAUCGGGGAUUCGUUAACACGUUAAACCACUGGAAUCAUGUGCUGGGAGGGGGGCGAGUGCUGGAUCAGGAGCGGCUGAAGGGUGCGGGACAAUGUUGUAGCCUGUUAAAGCAAAAAGUGCCUUAUGUUUGGGACCGAAAGAUCAUUUAAUGAGCCCGAGCGGUCCCGUAUGAAGCGGGCGGCAGGUCUGGAGCUCGUUGAGGCGAGAAGCUGCUCGGAUUAAUAGCUACUUAUGCUGCGGCUUUGCGCCUGGUCUUGAGCUCUGCGGCAGGUGAUGAGCUGAACCGGGCCGGGUCGCCCUUAUGGAUCGGCAGUAUGGAUGCUUUCAGUUUCCCCUUUAACAGUAGCGGCCCGGACAGCAAAAACGGUGAUGAAGCCGCAGAGCGCCGGCCGGGGGCUCGUUUCCUCGGAUUUGGUCCUGCUGCGGCGGCAUCCCCGUCCGGAGCCGGAUACUGGACCGCCGUGUUCGAUUACGAAGCUACCGCCGAGGAUGAGCUCAGUCUGCGGAAGGGGGAUCGGGUAGAGGUGUUGUCCAAGGACUCGCUGGUGUCCGGGGAUGAGGGGUGGUGGACAGGUAUGAUCGAGGACCGGGUUGGUAUUUUCCCAAGUAACUACGUGAGCAGUAACGGUAUCUCGGAGAAGAUCCGGGACACGCCGGAAGACUACGGUGAUUAUUCGGUGCCUCAGUUACACUUGCUCCAGAUAGAUUUCAAUGAAUUGGCCCUGGAGGAAAUGAUCGGUGUCGGAGGUUUUGGAAAAGUGUACCGUGCCAUUUGGAAAGGGAGUGAGGUGGCGGUGAAAGCCGCUCGACGGGACCCCGAUGAGGACGUGUCACAGACGUUGGAGAGCGUCCGUCAGGAGGCCAAGCUCUUUGCCAUGCUGACACACCCCAACAUCAUGGGCCUUCUGGGAGUGUGCCUGCAGGAGCCCAACCUCUGCCUGGUCAUGGAGUACGCCCGUGGCGGGCCGCUCAACCGGGCCCUGGCUGGGAAACGCAUCCCUCCACACACGCUGGUGGACUGGGCGGUACAGAUCGCACGUGCUAUGCUCUACCUGCACUGCCAGGCCAUCGUACCCGUCAUCCACAGAGACCUGAAGUCCAGCAACAUUCUGAUUCUGGAACGUGUUGAGAACGAUGAUCUGAGCAACAAGACUCUGAAGGUGACAGAUUUCGGUUUGGCACGAGAGUGGCAUCGGACCACAAAGAUGAGCGCGGCGGGGACGUACGCCUGGAUGGCCCCUGAGGUCAUCCGCUCUUCGACCUUCUCCAAGGGCAGUGAUGUUUGGAGUUAUGGAGUUUUGUUGUGGGAGCUGCUGACAGGAGAGGUGCCGUUUCGUGGCAUUGAUGGUCUGGCGGUAGCUUACGGUGUGGCCAUGAAUAAACUGUCCCUGCCGAUCCCCUCCACCUGUCCUGAGCCAUUUGCUCGGCUGAUGGAAGACUGUUGGAAUGUGGACCCUCAUGCUCGACCCCCCUUCACCAGUAUUCUAGACCAGCUGACGGCUAUCGAGGAGUCGGGCUUCUUUGAAAUGCCAGCAGAAUCCUUCCAAUCCCUGCAGGAUGACUGGAAGCUGGAGGUUCAGGAGAUGUUCGACCAGCUCAGAGCCAAAGAGAAGGAGUUGAGAUCCUGGGAGGAGGAACUGAGUCGUGCAGCGCUACAGCAGAAGUACCAGGAAGAGGCUUUAAGGCGGCGGGAACAGGAACUGGCGGAAAGAGAAAUUCACAUCCUGGAGCGAGAGCUUAAUGUCAUCAUUCACCAGCUGUACCAGGAGAAACCACGAGUGCAAAACCGUCAUGGAAAGUUCCGGCGCAGUCGACUUAAACUGCGUGACGGGAAUCGCAUCAGCCUGCCUUCUGAUUUCCAGCAUAAGAUCACAGUCCAAGCGUCUCCUUCUUUGGACAGGAGGCGGAGUCUCCUGGGCAGUAACUCCACCCCUCCAAACAGCCCCCCUGUUUUGCCACGCCUUCGAGCGAUCCAGUUGGCCCCUGGGGUCGGAUGUCAAGCCUGGGGUCGUAAUGCUGCAUUCCAGUAUGAUGAAGAGGAGGACAGGAAGACUUCACGCAAGAAAGGGAGAACGCAAAGAGAACACAGUGCUGAUGAGAGUUUGAGGACUCCUAAAGAGGGCAGUCGGCAGCGUUCCUGCAGCGCUCCAAACCUGCGCCGCUCCCCCAGACACAGUCCUGCUAUACCUGGAGUGUGCAGCCUGGCAGAGACUGAAAAUGAGGACUGCUGCUUCCCAUCAGAGUCAGCUGACUCUCCUGGCCAAUCAUACCUCUGCAUCCCGUUCCACAGGGAUGGAUCCGACAGUUACAGCAUGGAGAGCAGCACGACUGGAAUGGCUUCUGAUGCUUCCCCCAGUUAUACGCGGCGGAGCCCCAGUGGAAGCCGUAGAUCAGAGCUGGUGUUGCUGGGCUGUGGGGCGGCUCUGGCCGCUAUCGGUUUUGGUCAUAACUUACUAGACCUUGUGCGUGUGGAAGAGAGUGUGCGUCCACGAUGGGAAGGGCUGUUUCACCGCACCGGGGGUCAAAGUCGUGGCGCUAGCCCACCCACACGCAAAAUCUUCAAACGUGAAAGCCCCCGUCGCCCUCCCCCUCUGCCCACGUCCCUCACACUCCUGUCUCUCUCAUCUGUGUCUGAUUGUAACUCAACCCGUUCUCUCCUGCGCUCUGACAGUGAAGAGCUGCUCGUGCUACGCCCACCAACACCCCCCACCCUCCCUGGACACAAUCCGCCUCCUCUGAACCCACUGGUCAACACCCACCUGGAGAGCUUUAAACGGCACCCUCGACAGUCACUCACACCCACACAUGUGCCCUCUGCACCCAGUGCAGCCUGCAGGCUUCGUCGCACACCUUCAGAUGGCGCAAUAAAGACGGGGUGCAGUCCCGGCCAUAACAACCACAAUCCCACCCCUACCACACCCUCCAAAACAGUGACUCCGUGGACCUUAAGUGAGGACCCCUCGGAGGUGCCCCGUCUUCCUGAUCCGAAUCUCAUCUUCCCACCUACGCCACGACGCCGCUUCCAACCUGAGCGUCCCAAGACUCUGGACUUCCUGGCUAGGCCCCGCCCUUGUCCAAGAGCACGCUGUGGAUCCCAGUGGGGCGAAUCUCCUGCCCACACGUCCAGCACUGAAACCCCGUCCACUGUGGAGUUUGGAGGAGGUGUGGUCGUCUUGCCCACUCCUAUGGAACCACCAACCCCCUGUUCCCCUUGGGUGAAUGACAGCCUUUUGGACCAACAGGAUGAAGGACAGUACAGGGACGGGACAAGGCCUCUUUCAUCAGAUCCCAGAGACUCACCUUACAGAGUGCGACAAGGGUUCUGCUCUUGAUUUCAUCCCUUCAAACUUAUUAAUGUCACUCACAAAUUUAGACCCACUUGCUUUCAGAUGUAGCACUUACACCAUCAGAUUAAUCAAGGGGGAGUUCUGGAUACCCUGGUGAAGAAAACAUGCUUAAACCAGCCUAAGAUGCUUUGCUUGAGGAUUAAGCUGGUCUUAGUUGGUUUAAGAUAGUCGCUCAGCCUGGUCAAGCUAGCUGGGUGGUCAGUUGGUUGCCUAAGUGCCCAAAACUCCUAAUAAACUAGCCAACAGACCAACUUGACUGUACUGGAAGACCAGCAAGCCAGUUUAGGCUGGUUUGAUUCUUUCCCCCCCUUUUUUUCAACAGGAUAUAUAAAUACUUAUUAUAUUAGGAACUGAUACCUUACUGAUAAGGAAUAAUUACCCAGCAUAAACCAAAGGUACUUGGUUUUUGCAUAAUCCAGAUGCUUUUCUGGUCUAAACCAUCUUCAGUUCAAUAUUAGAAGUAUUCAACAAAUAUAUACAGUCCUACACUGCAAAAAAUGAAUUUCUUCCUCAAUAUUUUUGUCUCGUUUUACCAGUACAAUAAGCAUUAUUAAAUCAAGAUACACUUGAGAAGCAGAAUUACUUCAAAUAUUAAAGGAUUAGUUCACUUCAGAAUUAAAAUUUUCUGAUAAUUUACUCACCCCCAUGUCAUCCAAGAUGUUUGUCUUUCUUUCUUCAGUCAAAAAGAAAUUUAGGUUUUGAGGAAAACAUUCCAGGAUUUUUCUCCAUAUAGUGGACUUAAACGGGGUUCAGCGGGUUAAAGGUCCAAAUUUCAGUUUCAAUGCAGCUUCAAGGGGCACUACACGAUCCCAGCCGAGGAAUAAGGGUCUUAUCUAGCGAAACUAAAAAAAAAUUAAAAUUCAUAUACUUUUUAACCACAAAUGCUAGUCUUGCACUAGCUCUGCAAUGCGCCACGCUUUGCGUAAUCAUGUUGGAAAGGUCAUGCGUGACGUAAGCAGAAAUGCCAAGCAAGUGUUUUAAAAGAUUUAAACAUCCAGGUUACGCACACGAAAGGACAAUUUUAAACAAUAAUCUAACACAAAGACACAUAAAUAUGUGUCAUUCAUAAUACAACAACUUUUGAACGGUCCUCCUUCUCUACACUAUUGUAAACACUGGAUCGGUACUUCUGCCUAAGUCACACGUGACCUUUCCAUUAGAGCUAAUGCAAGAUGAGCAUUUGUGGUUAAAAAGUUUAUUAAUUUUUAAAAAAUUUUAGAAAAUGAGCGAUCGUUUCGCUAGAGAAGACCAGAUAAGAGCCCUUUGAAGCUGCACUGAAACUGCAAUUUGGACCUUCAACCUGCUGAACCCCGAUUAAGUCCACUAUAUGGAGAAAAAUGUUUUCCUCAAAAACCUUAAUUUCUUUUCCACUGAAGAAAGAAAGACAUGAACAUCUUGGAUGACUUGAGGGUGAGUAAAUUAUCAGGAAAUUUUAAUUCUGAAGUGAACUAAUCCUUUAAAUCUGAAAAUUGGUCAAAACUAAGCGACUAGUUGAAAGGGUUUAUUUUUCUUACCCUGUUGGCAGAAUGUUUUUUCUUGUUUUAAGUGUAAAGUCACUUAAUUUUGAUAUAUUUUUUUCAGGAAAACAAAACUUGUUAUCUCAUGUCAUUUUGCUUCUCAAAUAAUUGUAUCUUGAUUUAGAAAUGCUUAAAUAUUUAUACAAGAAAACAAGACAAAAAUUCAGAUGCAGUGUGGAGUCCAAUAGUGUGUCUUGAUAAGCUAAUCUUCAGUAUACACUUCUAUUCAUCACCAGGCGUAAUAAGCUAUCGAAUAAUAAUACAAUCCAGAUGCUUCAUUAAUGGCCAGACUGAUUUCUGAGUGCUUUAGAAAAGUACAGGGUCUGUAGCUGUGAUCUUUAGAGACAUUUAUCAGGACAAUUUUUUUAUUUGCAAACUUGUUUUUUAUUCAUAUUGAGUGUAUUAUCUCAGCUGUCCUGCUGCGCUGUAUUGACUUCCUCUCUGUAUGUACACACGUCUGCAUGUUUAUGGUAGAUUUAGCUUUCUGAACAUGGUAGCCUACUGGGUUAGAUGGAGAACAUUGGACAGUUUAUUUCUACAACUCUGUGGAGUUUUCAGGUUUUAUUUGUCAUACAUGAAUGAGAUUGUACACCUUUAGAAGUGCUUUUUCCGGUCUCAUGAAUGUAUAGUUCUUCUGUUAUACUUCCAUUCGAGAUCACUGAUUGUUCUGUGGUUUUCACUGUAGCAUGAAACACAUUGUCUUUCACAAAUAAUAUGCUUGUUUAGUGACAUCUUCACCAUCCAAACUACCAGAAUUAAACAUGAGGGAACGUCUUUAAGAGGAAAGUUAGAAUUUUUUGGCUCUAAGUUUGCAGCUAUACAAUAGUCAGGUACAUUACUGCAGUUUUCCGGUGUUUGUGCAUGUGCAGUAUGUGUGAUGUGUGUGUGUGUGUGUGUGUGUGAUUCAGUGUAACUGAUGGGUUCCAAAGUGAAUGUGCAUUGAAUUUUGUUGGAGAUUUUUGAGAAUGUUGAAUUUGUUUUGCAGGUUUUUUAGUAGCAUUUUGUGCAAUAUUUUUUAUGUUUACACAUAUUUAUUUCUUUAAAUUAUUUUUAUAUUUUUCACAUUUUUAUUAUUUUGUGAUGAAAUUUAUUAGGAGCAACAUUCCUGUCUGGAUUUUUGGACAUGUUCAGACAAGAAGAGGUGAACAUUUUUUUGCACAUGUUUACAGCAUCGUUAUCCUCUGUCUCUCAUUCCAAUCUUUCAUCUCUAUACCGGCAAAAACUUCCUCUAGAGACAAAACAACAUUUAGAGCCAAAACACAGAAGGGCUUGUGUCUCUCUUCCCCUUUCUGUCACUUGAUACCAGAUUUUGAACUUUUGUCAUGCAUACAACAAAAUGAACUAGCAGUGUAAAAUUCAGAGUCCUGAAAUUUGGCAAGUUGGCUGAGGAGGAACUCUCACUUCAUUCCAUCAGGAUGUGGAAUAGGGGUGUAUUUUUUCUGGCUUAAAGGAAUGUGUAGCUAUCAUCAAGAGCAUCUGCUGCCAUUUAUCAGCACAAUAACUGUUGUCCUGGAGAGCAGGUGUUUUGGGUUCAGAAGCUGCUGCUAUGAAACUUGUACUUGCACCCGAGCACAUUAGACUUGUGUAAGAGCUCGAUUAAAGCCCUGAAAUGCUGA